AUGUCCGCAAGAGAAAAGAAUCAAUCGAUUCCGCCAGAAACCUUCGCCGCUGGCCAGGUAUUGCGCUUGGCACAAUACGACGUGCCAGGUAAAAUAUUUAGUGGGCAUCUCCCUGCCCGCCCGGCUGUAUUAGGCCGUAUUGGCUUAUUGACGCAGGUUACCGGUGACGAGACGUACGAGGAAAGCGUGGCGUUCGCGAAGCUGGUACUGCAGAAUCAAUGUGCCGUGUCUUCGGAGAUUCGAAUGUUCGUCGCUCAGCUAUGGCAACACCAAGAGAAGUGUGCGCAAAAAAAGCGUAUCUGUCGAUUAUCAAAAACGGGACCACCGGUCAGCUAUGAGGUCUUGUGCCUUCGUGCUUGCAAAACAAUUUUCAUGGAUGCGUCUUCAAUUCUGAGCCUCCUCGGAGGGCACAGCUUCCAUCGCGACUAUCGACGGGGCCCAGCACCGGCCCGACACACUCAACGUUUGGAAGUGCAUUCUGAAGAGCAAGCGCACCUGCACAGACGAAGAAUAGAUGCAUCCAUUGCGCUCAGGACACAUGCUGGAGCUUGCGACAACGGGGCAUCUAGUAUCAACCACGUAAAUCUCGUGCUCGACAAAAACAAUUGCAGAAGAUUCAAUACUCGUGGCGAUCUAUAUCUCGCGGCCGUCUUCCAGGACAGCUUUCGACAACUGGCCCUGUGGUACGGACGGGGAUCGAUUGACAGCUCUUUGUAUACACUUCCACAUCGAAUACCAAAUCCGUUGCACUAG